UUGCGUGGACUGCCGUGUUUUCGUUUUCUAAUCAUGCGCUGGGAAAACAACAUCAUGUCUGAACAAACGGUGUUCUCAUUGACGUGAAUCGGACAGGCUGAUGAUUUUCCGGGUCUUUUUGUAGUGGAAGACCACCCUUUAAUCCAAAAAGUGUCCGGUGAAGUAGUGGGAAGAGAAGCGCAGUGCUGUCUAGCGAGGAGGCCUUAGUGGGACAUGAGUGUCGGUGACUGACAGUUUUCUGCUGCACCGCGCCGCCGGUCAGUCGAGUUCCCACUUCCUCCUCGUCCGUUUGUCGCCACUUGAUCGUCCGACACACACGGCCGCGAUGGACACGGACAAGUUCAGUUAUGUCUACAGCUGCGACUUGGACAUAAACGUGCAGCUUAAAAUUGGCAGCCUGGAAGGGAAGCGGGAGCAGAAGAGCUACAAGGCCCUUCUCCAGGACCCCAUGCUUCGAUUCUCAGGCCUGUACCAGGAGAGCUGCUCUGACCUAUACGUCACCUGUCAGGUGUUUGCCGAGGGAAAACCACUGGCGCUACCUGUCCGCACCUCCUACAAAGCCUUCAGUACGCGCUGGAACUGGAAUGAAUGGUUGAGGCUUCCCGUGAAGUACCCCGACUUACCCCAGAGCGCACAGGUAGCGCUCACCAUCUGGGAUGUGUAUGGGCCUGGCCGAGCCACACCUGUUGGAGGAACCACCGUAACCCUCUUUGGCAAAUACGGGAUGUUUCGACAGGGAAUGCAUGACUUGAAGGUAUGGCCCGGGGUCGAAGGGGAUGGUGGAGAGCCCACCACCACACCAGGCCGCACCAGCAGCAGCUUGACAGAGGACCAGAUGGGACGUCUCGCUAAGCUGACCAAGGCCCACCGUCAGGGUCAUAUGGUGAAGGUGGACUGGCUGGAUCGCCUAACGUUCCGGGAGAUUGAGAUGAUCAAUGAGAGCGAGAAGCGCAGCUCCAACUUCAUGUAUUUGAUGGUGGAAUUUCCACGGGUCAAGACAGGAGAGAAGGAGUAUAGCAUUGUUUAUUACGAGAAGGACGUAGACGAAGCCAUCCCUCUGCUCACCAGCUCAGACAUAGUCAAAGUGCCUGACCCUCAGAUGUCCAUGGAGAACCUGGUGGAGAGCAAGCAUCACAAACUGGCUCGUAGUCUUCGCAGCGGUCCCUCAGACCACGACCUGAAGCCCAAUGCUACAACACGAGACCAGCUCAAUAUCAUUGUGAGCUACCCCCCAACCAAGCAGCUGAGUUCUGAGGAGCAGGACCUGGUGUGGAAGUUUCGCUAUUACCUGACCACCCAAGAGAAGGCCCUGACCAAGUUCCUGAAGUGUGUGAACUGGGCACUACCCCAGGAGGCCAAGCAGGCCCUGGAGUUGCUGGGGAAGUGGAGGCCAAUGGAUGUGGAGGACUCCCUAGAGCUACUUUCCUCCCAGUUCACCAACCCUACUGUGCGGCGCUAUGCUGUGGCCCGACUGCAGCAGGCUGACGACGAGGACUUACUGAUGUACCUGCUGCAGCUGGUUCAGGCAUUAAAAUAUGAGAACUUCAGUGACAUUCAGGGAGGUCUGGAGCCUGGGACCAAGAGGGACAGCCAGGGGGGGCUGGGGGACAGCAGUGCACUUGGAGACACAGACAGCUCCCAAAUACUGGCAGGCUCAACAGUGCCCCCCAGUGCCCAGAAAGGGAAAGAAGGCACAGACAGUGAAAACCUGGAGGACCUGUGCACCUUCCUGAUCUCUCGUGCCUGCAAAAAUUCCACACUGGCCAAUUAUUUGUACUGGUAUGUAAUAGUGGAGUGUGAAGACCAGGACACCCAACAAAGAGACCCCAAGACCCAUGAUAUGUACCUGAAUGUUAUGAGGCGAUUCAGUCAGGCACUGCUCAAGGGUGAUAAGAGUGUGCGGGUGAUGCGCUCCCUUUUGGCCACCCAGCAGACCUUUGUGGACAGGUUGGUGCAGCUGAUGAAGGCCGUCCAGAGGGAAAGUGGAAACCGCAAGAAAAAAACUGAGCGACUGCAGGCACUGCUGGCUGAUAAUGAGAAGGUGAACCUGUCAGAGAUUGAACCCAUCCCCCUCCCCCUGGAGCCGCAGGUCCGCAUCAAGGGAAUUAUCGCAGAAACAGCCACAUUGUUUAAGAGCGCCCUCAUGCCUGCCAAGCUGAUCUUUAAGACCGAAGAUGGAGAGCUGUACCCCGUCAUCUUUAAACAUGGCGACGACCUGCGGCAGGACCAGCUCAUCCUGCAGAUCAUCUCACUCAUGGACAAGCUGCUGAGAAAGGAGAACCUGGACCUCAAACUGACUCCAUAUAAAGUGCUUGCGACCAGCACCAAGCACGGAUUCAUGCAAUUCAUCCAGUCAGUGCCUGUGGCUGAGGUUCUGGCAACAGAGGGGAAUAUCCAGAGCUUCUUCAGGAAACACUCCCCCAGUGACAAGGGGCCCUACGGCAUUAGUUCUGAGGUCAUGGACACCUAUGUCAAGAGCUGUGCGGGGUACUGUGUUAUCACCUAUAUCCUGGGAGUCGGGGAUAGGCACCUGGAUAACCUGCUACUGACUAAAACGGGGAAGCUUUUUCACAUUGAUUUUGGAUACAUCUUGGGGCGAGACCCAAAGCCCCUUCCACCGCCUAUGAAGCUAAGCAAAGAAAUGGUGGAGGGGAUGGGGGGCAUGCAGAGUGAGCAGUACCAAGAAUUCCGAAAGCAGUGCUACACUGCCUUUCUGCACCUUCGCAGGUAUUCCAACCUCAUCCUGAACCUUUUCUCUCUCAUGGUGGAUGCCAACAUUCCAGACAUUGCCCUGGAGCCAGACAAGACUGUUAAAAAGGUGCAGGACAAAUUCAGACUUGACCUGUCUGACGAGGAGGCCGUGCAUUACAUGCAGAGCCUUAUUGAUGAGAGCGUGGGUGCUCUGUUUGCUGCGGUCGUGGAGCAGAUACACAAAUUUGCACAGUACUGGCGGAGGUGAACUGGGCAUACUGCGGGUAGAAGAUCUUUUCAGUCGCUGGACAACAAUCCAGUCUCCUGUACCAUGACACCAAGGGGAACUGCUGAGCAGCACUCCUAUGCCACAAACCCAAGGCCAUGUACUCACUGCCAACGACAGAGGCCACAGCUGCAAAUGUACAAAAACACUCAGAAGAUUCUGCCAUGACUGUGAGGGUAGUGCUGACUUUUGUUUUGUUUGUAUAUAUUUACUAAACUGUAUGGAUAACAUCACUAACCCACAAUGGCCAAAUAAAGAGAGUGACUCCUCAAUUGCUGGUUCCACCUUAAUCUACGGUUAAUGAAUAUACAGAAAAAUUGCCUUUUACGAGGUGGUUGCAGACAGAACUGUUAACACUGAUAAAGAGCAACUGAUGACUGUAUAUCUGUGCUAUGUGUAACUGCAUACCCAGCUUGUUUUUCCUGGAUUUUUUUUUCCCCCAAAAAUGUGAAUUUUAGACCCCUAGGAGAAAGAGCUUUUAUAGUUUCACAGGAAUGAACAGCCACCAACCCUGGGGCCCCAGGAAGCACCUCCAGUGAGGAUGAGAGAGGUGCUUAGUGCCACUUCCUGUAAUAAUAUGUCUCACCCCUAAAAUACACCACCACUACAGGCUCCACGCUCAAAACAAAGACUUGGUAUAGCCAGGCUUCUAUCCAUGUAUAGAAGUUAAA